AUGACAGGUGCACUGGGGAAGGGACUCCAUUCCAUCUCUCCAAAGGGAUGUCUUAAUAAUGCCGUUGAGCCAAACCUUACCGUUGAUUCUCGCGUUUGUGUUGUCGGCUAUACUUCUGGUGCCUAUCGAUCACAGCCUAAGAUUUCUUUGGACACACUGUUUAUCCUCACAUUAAAUGAGAAAAAAUGUUGGUGUUAUCAGCGAAACAAUAGCGAUGGGAAGGGAUCAUUAGGUCUUAACCCCGACUUUCCACUGCGAGACACCCGAAAAAAAUUCGUAAGUGUGUUGCAGUUGCAGUCAUACACCACUCUCCGCGAGUGUGUAUUGACAGCCCACUCGACCCUUGCUAUCGAUUUCUUAGCCAUCAAAACCAUCAAACAUUACUACAGUAUCGGUGAGUUUUUGGCGAAAAAACGAUACAUAAAAGACUUGUCCAAUAAGUCAUCGGACAUAACAAAAGGCGGCCCCAAAACGGACGCCACCGUAAGACUUAUGGGUUUACGGCGCGACCUAUUCAACCAAAUUUCCAGCGAAAAACGCGUUUUCAAAAGCGCAUGCAAUGGGUAUAUGGUGUGGUGUAUCGGGGAAAGUUGUGUCUCAUCGGAGUUGCCUCAGAGUGAGCUGAGCUAUCAAUCCAUCGCGCAGUCCAUCUCAUGUGUGAGCUCUGAGAUCAAGGCUUGCAAUGAGUUUACGACACACGUUAUGAAUCUAUUACGAGAGCAGAGUCGGACGCGUCCCAUAACGCCCAAAGAGAUCGAAAGGAUGGUUCAGAUAAUACACAAAAAGUUUAAUUCAAUUCAAGUACAGCUCAAACAAAGCACCUGUGAAGCAGUUAUGAUCCUUAGAUCAAGGUUUCUCGAUGCCAGUGUAUAUGGUAUGGCCCUCUCGCUCGACAUGUCCCUGUCCUCAACGAUAAGUGCCAGUGUAUGGUGUGGUUGUAGUAUCGGUCCGGCACUCAACCAAAUAAGUGAUGCGUUCGCCACCACAAUCUGA